CGCCCGCCCGGAGCGGCAUUUUUAUUCAGGCGACGCUUAAGGGAGCCCGGCGCGCCCGGUGCAUUGUGGGAGCGCCGCGGCCCGUUUUCGGGAGGAGGCGGAGGGCGCAAAGCGAGCCGGUGGAUCCCAGAGCCCGGCUGAUUGUGAGGGAGGGGAGGGGCUGAACACUGAGGAGUGUGGGCCCCAGAACCAUGUCUACGCGGGAGUCCUUUAACCCGGAAAGUUAUGAAUUGGACAAGAGCUUCCGGUUAACCAGAUUUACUGAACUGAAGGGCACAGGCUGCAAAGUGCCCCAAGAUGUCCUGCAGAAAUUGCUGGAGUCCUUACAAGAGAACCACUUCCAAGAGGAUGAGCAGUUUCUGGGAGCUGUUAUGCCAAGGCUGGGUAUGGGUAGUCACACCUACCUCAUUGCCGACAAGCACAUGAACCCUGAAAGAUGCAAGGGCAGAAUAGCAUGUGCCAAUGUCCUCAGUGACCUCUAUGCAAUGGGGGUCACAGAGUGUGACAAUAUGCUGAUGCUCCUUGGAGUCAGUAAUAAAAUGACGGACAGGGAAAGAGAUAAAGUCAUACCCCUAAUUAUACAGGGUUUUAAAGAUGCGGCAGAGGAAGCAGGAACGUCAGUGACAGGUGGCCAAACAGUGCUAAACCCCUGGAUUGUUCUAGGAGGAGUCGCCACAACCGUCUGCCAGCCCAAUGAAUUUAUCAUGCCAGAUAAUGCAGUACCAGGGGAUGUGCUAGUGCUGACUAAGCCCCUGGGGACGCAGGUCGCCGUGGCGGUCCACCAGUGGCUGGAUAUCCCUGAAAAAUGGAAUAAAAUUAAGCUCGUAGUCACCCAAGAAGAUGUCGAGUUGGCAUACCAGGAGGCAAUGAUGAACAUGGCCCGGCUCAACAGGACAGCUGCAGGACUCAUGCACACGUUCAAUGCCCACGCAGCCACAGACAUCACAGGCUUUGGGAUUUUGGGCCACGCACAGAACCUGGCGAAGCAACAGAGGAAUGAGGUGUCCUUUGUAAUUCACAACCUUCCUGUGCUGGCCAAGAUGGCUGCUGUGAGCAAAGCCUGUGGGAACAUGUUUGGCCUCAUGCAUGGGACCUGCCCAGAGACAUCAGGAGGCCUUCUGAUCUGCUUACCACGUGAGCAAGCAGCUCGGUUCUGUGCGGAGAUAAAGUCCCCCAAAUACGGCGAAGGCCACCAAGCAUGGAUUAUUGGGAUUGUAGAGAAGGGUAACCGCACGGCCAGAAUCAUAGACAAACCCCGGAUCAUCGAAGUCGCGGUGGCCACUCAGAACGCAAACCCCACGCCUGGUGCCACCUCCUAAUCUAGGCAGUAAUAGCUACUUGGUUGUGUUUUUUAAUAGAUCUAUUUCCUUUAUCAUCACUUCAAUUAAAGACUUACGAACAGCAAAAAUUUCAUUGUGUCUACACAUCUGGUAACCUUAGAUGGGUUUGUGAGUGGAUGCAAUUAAUAAGAUGAAAUCCAUGGCCUUCUCUCCUGUUACAUUAACUGCAGACGCACCCAAUCUUGAGGCAGCUUCUGAGUUGAGAAUUAUAUUGUUAUCCAAUACUGUUGAUUCAUUUUGAAUCUUUAGACACGUAUCUCUUGCCGCAUAGGCUCUUUCUCAAGGUGCUUCCCCACAGCACAGACACUACAAGAGUAGUGCCACAUAGCAGUCUGUGUCUCUUCCCUUUGUGUGUAUUUAUCAUAUCAGUCUGUUUUUCAGUGUCUCGGAUGGUAUUCUGGAAAGAACUGGGAAGCACCAUGGUGGCCUCCUGUAGUACGAGGUUGCAUGGUUCCUUUGAGUCUUUGAUUCUGACCCAGGACAUUCUCCAACAGUGAUUCAUUCAGUUCACCAAGCCGGGUGCUUCGCUCUGCAUGGAAAGCACUUUGAAGACAAAGAAGAAAUCUUGCUUUUUUUUUUUUUUGGUAGCCUUCCUGAUACUUACAGUAAUAACAUUUGUUUUCUUUACUGAUGGCAGAAAAGGAUACUUUUUGCAGUGUAAUUAGAUGUUGUACAGUGCAACAAGGAAUUGCCUUCGAUGGGGGUUCAUGUACAGUUCUCAGUGACAACUCAGUAUAUAACUAACUACGCAAAUCAUUUUUAAAUAUAAUCAGUAAUAAAGACUGUUCUGUGGAUGGUAGUGUUUCACACAUUUUAUAUUUUGUAUAGUGAUCUUGGGCCUUUCUGUCCUAUGGUCAGCAGCGCCAUAGCCCAUUCUUAGCAUUACUUGCCCUUCGCGCCAGUACUUUUCUUGUGCACGCUUCUUGUGAUCUGUGUUAAAUCUGCAUUGCCAGCGUUGCAGCUUGAACGUAAACUUGUUAUUCAAAUAAAUAUUUAAUUUUUUUAAUUGCUCUUGUAUAAUCAGAUGCCCCUUUUAGUAUUAUUUUAGAAGCAUUGGGAGGGUUUUGCCUAAAGUACAAUUUAUCGGGGAAAACUAGAUUUUAGUUUUAUAAAACUUUUAAGUCUUUCAUGGGACCUAUAUUUUCUUGAAUUAAAUUUUGUAGUUCUAGAACAAAUAGGCAAUCUAAAAGGGUGAUAUCUGUGUUACUUAAAGCAGAGGCUUCCUUAUUGUUACCUACUGAGCAGUUCAGAGGGGUUCCCAUCGCUAAGCGCAGGGCACCCUCCCAUGUCUGUCUUCAUGAGAGAAAACCCUGGCUUUCCAAGUUGCUGAACGCUUCCUGCUCGCAAGCACCAAAGCUGCGCUUGUGAUCCAACUGACCCUACCACAGGAAACCACUGCCCAGCAGAUGAAGCUCCCUGCCAGGAAAAGGCUGCAGUGUGGGCAUGCCCUCCGGGGGCCAUGUAUACCUGGAGCAGAAGCCACCGGAUCUGGGGUCCAGCUGAGGAGGCUGCCACAGGAGGGACACUGACGGGACAUUUUAUAGAAAUGUAUACAGAUGUUGGUCCUUAAAAGCUGCCCACCAGUGGUCUGCAAAAUAAAAUUUGUUGGAAACCUCUGA